AGGCCAGCUCCAAGGCGUGAACAAGAUAGAAACCCUUAGUUUGUCUUCCUCGUACUCUCUCUUCAAAAGAGGAACCACAUAAACUGGUGCGAAUCUGCUCUCCCGCGCUCCGAGACGAAGACUGUCAACAUCUUCGAAGCCUUUCAUAAGGCAAUCUACUGCUUUUUGAAUCAAUUGCACAGGCAUGCUCAUGAGGAGGAAGAAGAUGGAGCAGCGCUUCACCUUCUCCUUCUCCUCCUGAUUUCAUGGCCACCUCCCAGCAUCGCUGCGUUUUUGUUGGGAACAUACCGUAUGAUGCCACAGAGGAACAGCUUAUUGAAAUCUGCCAGGAGGUUGGGCCUGUAGUGUCAUUCAGGUUAGUAAUCGAUAGGGAAACUGGAAAACCAAAAGGUUAUGGGUUCUGUGAAUAUAAGGAUGAAGAGACAGCUUUAAGUGCUCGUCGCAACCUUCAGGGUUAUGAGAUUAAUGGGCGGCAAUUGCGUGUUGAUUUUGCUGAAAAUGACAAAGGUGCUGACAGAAAUAGAGAACAGGGUCGUGGUGGGCCUGGAUUGGCAACAAAUGUUGACCAUCAGAAACAACUAGCUGGGCCUGUUGUCCAUGGGGAAGCUGCUCACCAUCAACCUAUUGGUCUUCAUAUUGCUAUAACAGCUGCAACCGUCAUGGCAGCAGCUCUAGGAGGGCCUCAAUCUGGCAUCCCGGCAAAUCAAAAUGGUUUGCAGGGUCAGUCUGGAUUGACCCAUGACCCUUUAACUCUGCAUCUGGCCAAACUAUCCAGGAAUCAGUUGACUGAGAUCAUCUCUGAGCUCAAGGCAAUGGCUACACAUAACAAGGAGUCAGCUCGUCAGUUGUUGCUUUCUAGACAGCAGUUGCCUAAGGCUCUUUUUCAGGCGCAGAUAAUGCUAGGAAUGGUGACCCCGCAAGUGUUACAAAUGCCAAACCUUAGGCAAGUUGCAGGUGAAACCUCACAGCCUCCAGUAGAUGAAAGCCAGCUAAGUCAGUCAGCAGUUCUUCAAACGCUAUCUGGGCUGCCUUCUCAUGCGCAGAUCAAGUUGCAGUCUAGCUUGAUACCCAAUAGUCAAGAAGCUCAAGUCGGCUCUUUACAUCAUAAUUCUUUGGUUCCUAAUCAACUAACUGCACACGCAAAGCCUCCUUUGCAGCCUCGAAUGCUGCUUCCACAACAUUUAAGCAACCCUUUGCAGCCAGGGCAUUCUAGUUCAUCACUUCCUUCUGUUCGCCCACAGUCUUUAUUCAGUUUGCCUGUUAGACCACCAAAUCAGCCCAGUUUGUCUAUUGGACCACCAGCUCAGCUGGCAACAUCAACUUCUCUGAAUCAGCAAAUGCAUUUGUUGCAGCAUUCAGGGAAGAUUGGUAACUCAAGUGUAGGACAAAAUAUUUGGAUGAUUCGUCCAGAUGCAAGCUUUCAGCCUGGCCCAUCCAUUUCAUCAGGCAUUCCUCAGUCAAUUGGUCGGGAAGCUGACAGGUCAGCUAAAGUUAUUGAAGAUUCUAGUUGGGCCAAGAAAAGUAGUCCAUAUUCAAACAUUCCUCAUGGAUCAGGAGAGAAAGCAAACGAGUCUUCAGAACCAUUUAGCCAUCCUGCAAAGCUGAUUAAAUUGGAUGAUGGAAGGAACUCCUCUUUCUCCACAGGAGUCACAAAUGCGCCUGUUUCCAAGGGAUCUUCCCAAGUUCUUGGAAGUGGCUCAUUGCCUGUAAAUGCAUCUUCCAAAUCAGAAGCGCGAUACCCUGAGCAACAAUCCUCUCAGCCUCAGCUUCCACCUGACGUGGAAUCGGUUUUACUGCAACAAGUAUUGAGUCUUACGCCGGAGCAAUUGAGUUCCUUGCCACCGGAGCAGCAACAGCAGGUGUUACAGCUUCAGCAGGCUCUCCGGCGAGACCAGAUCCAGCCCUCAUAGCAGGCGGCAACAUACGAACACUUCAAAUACGCAGCAACCUGGCGGCAGAGACGGUCCGUGUCACUAACCCUUGCAAUUCCCAGAAUCUGUCUGAAAACCAUCAGGCAAGGUUGCUUUGUAUAUUAACACUUGCUUAGAUCAGAUUCAAAUAUUUAAAAAUUUUGUGAGCACCAUUGGAUUCUUAUAAUUUUCCCCCCUUCUUACAUCUCAUGUAACAGUUAGGAGCUACAAAUGAGUUUAUAUGAAAUUGUUUAGAAGAGAGAAAUUGGAGAAUAAUGAACUUUGGCCUUGA